GAGUGAGGAAUUUCGGUGAUCAAUUAUUUUCAGACUGAGAAACGGAAAGGCAGUAGUCACAUAGGUCUCUGAACUUCUGAAGUCUAUUCAAAGUCUAUCGAGUUACCGAGGUAGGUGAAUUUGAUGUUUCUCUUGAUCCAAGAAUUAUUAUUAUUAUUUAUUUCAUAAGCAAAUCACUCACUCAUAAUAAUUACAAGUAACUCUAUCCUUAGCCACUAUUACAAGUCACCUCCAAUUAUGCCAUAAGAUCAAAUAAAAUAGUUCGCCAUAAGAUCAAAUAAAAUAGUUCAUCGCCGUCAAAUUCUGUAUUGUGAAAAAUUAUGUCAUUUUAAAGCUUAAUUCUGUAUUGUGAAAAAUUAUGUCAUUUUUAAGCUUCCAAAUGCACCACCAUAUAACUUCCACCUUUUAACUUUGCAUCUUCCCUGACAGUAAGUUUAUACAAACCAAUAGAUAGAUGGCUGGAACAGUCUCCAGCAUAUUGAGCUUUGGACAGUGCAUAAGCAAGUGAGAUAGAUCUUCCACCUGCAAAUGGCAAACAACACAAACAUCUUCUGCGUAAUAAUUGUUUCCUUGUCGGCAGUCUGUUCUGUAAUACUCCCUCCGUCCUACAAUGAGUGACCCAGCACACCAUUUCACACAUAUUAAGAAAAGUGUAAAAAAGUAAGAGAGAUAAUAUUGUUUUUACUAUAAUACCCUUAUUAUGUAUUGGAAAUGAUGAACUUUUUAAUAAUUAGAGGGUAGAAUUGGAAAAAAUGUAUUGGAAAUUGAAAUGGGUCAUACAUUUUGGGACACCAUUUUAUUCCAAUUGAAUCACCCAUUGUGGGACGGAGGAAGUAACUUUCAGCCAAAUAUAUUUAGUUUCGAAGGAACAUAGGCCUCCCAAAUCAUACUCAUCCCCUAUUUCCUCUCAUUUUCCAGCGCAACAACACCUUGGUCCUACAUCAACAUUUUAUAACAUAACCGAACCGAAAAACAUUUUAACUUGUCGAAAGGCCAAAUGAUCUCAUCUGCAGAAUUAAUGUUCAGACGAAUGUCAAAUACCAAAACAUUCAGUUCUUCAAAUAGCAAUACAUUGGAGCACACCAGAAGCUUCAUUCCUUGUGGUUUAACACACAACACCAUUAAAUCCCUCCAUCAAAAUGAAUCUUUUGGGACAGAUUUGCCAAAUAGCUUCCUCCUCAACCAAAAAUCUCCAAAUCCACUAAGAUAAUAAAGCUUGAUUAAACUUACCAAUAUCCUUGACUCCUAACACCCUAUUUUCUUGACUUACAUACAUUAUUCCAUUUAACCCACGCCAUACCUUUCAUAUUCUCCACACCUUGCUACAAAAACUUCAUUUGGAUUGCCCUAAUAUCCUUAACCACUUUAGAUGGAAAUUAAUAGAUCCUCCACACCUUGCUACAAAAACUUCAUUUGGAUUUCCCUAAUAUCCUUAACCACUUUAGAUGGAAAUUAAUAGAAAGACAGUUGAUAACUAGGAACAUUUGAUAAAUAUUCCCUUCCAGACUAAAAGUUUAGAUUUCAUAGAAUUAAUCACCGGCUUCCAAAAACUUAGAUUCCUCUUAUUACCACCCAUUAUAAAUCCCCGGAAUUUGAAUGGAAAUUGGUCUACAUUCCAUCCCAGAAAUAAUGAAACAGCUUUCAGGAAAUAAGAAGAACAACCUAUACCGAAUAUCUUACUUUUACUCAGAUUGAUUCUUAGUCUAGACACCAUUUUAAAAUCCCUUUAUAAGGGAUCACCAUGCAUCCAUGUUUGUUUAUCUUGUGAAUACAUGUUUUUUAUAGUAACCAAAAUAUAAAAAAAUAUCUUGUUUCUCUUCAUACUCUGUACAUUAUAGGUAUUGAAUCAAGAGCAUCCAUCUCCUCUCCUAAAUUAGGAUUUUGAGGGUCAACUCUCAAUCAAUUGGCCAAUUAGGGGUGGAAGUAGGUCGGGCCGCUGAUAGGGGCCUAGGGCCUAGCCUAUUUAUGGCCUGGCCUAGCCUAUAUAAUAAAAAGGUCAGUUUUAGGCUUUUCAAAAAGCCUAUUUAAUUAAGCAGGCCAGACUUGGGCUUUUAAAAAAGCCUAUUAUGCCUGAUAGGCCGGCCUAUUUAGUAGUACAUACAUGAAGUCCAAGGAUUUUGGUAUUGAAUAAUAUUAUUAAUACCUAAAAAAUAAAUUAUAAACCUUAUUUUUUUGGUGCAAUAGUUGUGUUUAUACAACCUUAUUCUUCAUUGAUAAUUGUUACAUUAUUAUGAUAAUUUAUAAGAUGUCAUUCAUGAUGAAAUAUAGCUAGUGCAGUGCUAUAACAGUUUGGCCAUAGUUUCUCUAUUUUUGUAUGCGUCGUGUACACUAAAAACUCUAGCAAUAUGAAAUCUAGAUAUUAUGUUGCUUUCUUUCUGGAUAUUAUGAGUAGCCUAUUAUAAUAUAACUUAAAGAUGUGCAAAAUGCUACAUAGUUUCUGGUUAUUGACUGGAAUACUACAAAGUUCCAUUGAAUUAUAAUGAAAUAAUAUUGAGAUUCAUGUCUAUUGCACUGAACUGGAAAAUGAUUUUUUUCUACACUUGAUCUUCUGUUAUAAAUUAUUAAUUUUAAUUUUAAAGUUGACAUAGUUCUAGCAAAGAAUUGAUAUGGCAGUAUAAUAUUAGUUCAUUCUUCUUAGUUUUACUCCAAAAGUAAUACUCUUUUUACAAUUUUCCAAAUUUCCAGGUUUGAAAAAUGCCUUCAUCCAAUUCCACUCAUGUUCUAGAAAAUGAUGAUGUUCCAAUAGAUUCAAGUCAACCGGAGCAUAACCCACAAGUCAAUGAAAAUGACCAUGAUCAUGUGAUUGAAGAUUCAUUUAGGGAGAGGAAGAGAAAAGGGAAAAAAAACUUCUCUUGUUUGGAAGGACUUUGACGAAGUUGAAAUUGAAGGAGGCGUGAAGAAGGCUGUUUGCAGAUAUUGUAAAUACCAAUUCGCGACUGGUGGUCUAGGGGCCAGCACUAGCCAUUUAAAAAGACAUUCUGAAAUCUGUAUGCAAAGGAAGCUCCACAUGGCUAAAGAAAAGAAGCAAAUGAUUAUUCCUUUUCAACCUUCUAAUCAAGAUAAUCCAUUUAUGAGUUCUGGGGAUAGAUACACAAAUGAUAAGAUGAGAGAAAUUAUUGCUACUGCUAUUAUGGUGCAUGAACACCCAUUUAAUGUGGUUGAGGAUGAAGUAUGGAUGUGGGCUUUCCAAUAUGCAAAUUCAGAUUUUCGUAAAAUCGGUUGAAAAACAGCUAGAGCGGAUUGUUUGAGAAUAUAUGAUGAAGAGAAGAAAACAUUGAAGGCGUUGUUGAGAAACAUUGGCAAAAUUAGUAUAACUACUGAUUUGUGGAGAUCAAGUCACCAAGUGGUUGAGUAUAUGGUUAUCACUGGCCAUUUCAUUGAUUCUGGAUGGAAACUCCAAAAAAGGGUGUUGAGUUUUGUGAAAAUUCCUGCUCCAAGGCGUGGGAUUGAUGUGGCUGAUGCAAUUUUCAAGUGCUUGAAAUCUUGGGGAAUUGAGAAUAAGAUAUUUUUCAGUUUCAGUCGACAAUGUUUCUUACAACGAUUCGUGUUUAAAAAGUUUGAAGGAAGACUAUCCACUAAGCAAAAUGUUAGUUCUUGGAGGAGCAUUAUUUCAUGUUAGAUGUUGUGCACAUGUACUAAAUUUGUUAGUGCAAGAUGGCCUUAGCCAAAUUAAUGAUGUCAUUAGCAAAGUUCGUGAAAGUGUGAAGUAUAUCAACCAUAAUGAUGCAAGAAUGAAAGCUUUUUGUGAUGUUGCUGAACAAAAGGGGCUGAAAGAUAGGAAACUCAUACUUGAUUGCCCAACAAGAUGGAAUUCUACGUAUCACAUGUUAUCCGCUGCAUCGAAAUUCAGGAUUGCAUUUCCAUCUUAUAAGGAAAGAGAGCCACAUUAUAAAUAUGCACCUUCAAAUGAAGAAUGGGACAAUGUUGAGAAGGUUUGUCAAUUUCUUGAAGUGUUUAAUAUUGCCACUCUUAUUAUAUCAGGUAGUGAGUACCCUACUUCUAACCUAUAUCUUGCAGAAGUUUGGAGGGUGAAGCAAGUCAUUGAUAAUGCGACAGAAGAUACAAAUUCAUUUAUGAGAAAAAUGGCUGCUUCUAUGAAAUUAAAGUUUGACAAAUAUUGGGGUGAAUGCAAUUUGUUGAUGGCUAUUGCUAGUGUUUUGGAUCCAAGGAGCAAAUUUCAUGCUGUUGAUAUAUGCUUUCCAUUGAUAUAUAAAGCUGAAGUUGUUCAAGAGAAUAUAGAGAAGGUGAAGAAUUCUUUAGAAGAGCUAUAUAAUGAAUAUGUUUCUCUAAGUCUGCAAGAAUCAUCUUCUAAUGAAGCUCAUCCUAGUGGCAUCAAUACAUCAUCAUCUUCGACCCAAUCUCAAUCUUUAGUCAUCACCGGAUUUGACCGAAUCAUGAGCAUUGUGCGUGAAAAGGAAGCUGUUCCCGCAGUGAAAUCAGAAUUACAAACUUAUCUUGAUGAAGGUGUUUACAUUCCUGAUGGAGAUAAUAACUCUUUUAGCGCAUUGGAGCGGUGGAGGAACAACAGCUUAAAAUAUAAGAUCUUAUCAAAGAUGGCUGCUGAUAUUCUAGCUGUUCCUAUAUCUAUUGUAGCCUCAGAGUCUACUUUCAGUGCCAGAGGCAGAGUUAUCGAUGAAUACCGCUCUAAACUGAAUGAGCAAUCUAUAGAAGCACUUAUUUGUGGUGGCGAUUGGCUUCGUCACAAGUAUAACUUGAAACAAAAAUCAAAGGUGGUUGCUGAACAACAGGAGAUAAUUGAAUGUAGUGUUGUUAGAGUUAUGGUGCUGUUAGAGUUAUGGAUUUGUUCAUGUUAGAUUUUAAAUUUUCUGCUAUUUCAUGUUGAAGCAUGUGAGCUGAUGGAAUGGAUUUUCUGCUAUUUCCUGAUGAAGCAUAUGAGAUUAAGCAUAUGAAUUUUAUCCAUUUUUUUGUUAUA